UGGGUUUCUGUUGAUUUACGCUUAUCUCAUGAAUCCCAUCUCUGUACUUGCAUCAUUAUUAUUAUUACUCCAAUAAAUUCUAGAAAAAUGACACUUCCAAUUAAUUUAAGCUUUAAUACAAAAAAAAUGUUUUAAACCAUAUUUUUUUCUUGCCUUAUAGGCUUAUACCACUUCAUCCUCUCCUCUAUCCCCUAUUCAGUCUUUCUAUUCAUUUCUCUCAUGUGCUGCUGCUGAUGUUUAAAGGGAUGGGGAGAUUUUUCAUGAGGAUGACUCAACUUCUAUUUGUAUCUCUUGUCUUCCUGAGCUAUAUUCAGAAGGGGAAUGCUGGGAUAACCAGCACUUUUGUUCGAUCAGAGUGGCCAGCAACCGAUAUACCUGUUGAUGAUGAAUCAUUUUCUGUUCCAAAAGGUCAUAAUGCACCUCAACAAGUGCGGAUCACACAAGGUGACUAUGAUGGAAAAGCUGUUAUAAUCUCUUGGGUGACACCUGAUGAACCAGGAUCUAAUAAAGUGAAAUAUGGUACGUCAGAGGAUGACUUGCAUUUUACUGCAGAGGGAACCGUUUCAAACUACAGCUUUUACAAGUAUAAUUCUGGUUAUAUCCAUCAUUGUCUUGUUGAUGGCUUGGAGUAUGACAAGAAGUAUUAUUAUGAGAUCGGAAGUGGUGAUGUAACCCGUAAAUUUUGGUUUCAAACUCCUCCAAAGAUUGAUCCAGAUUCCUCAUACAAAUUUGGCAUAAUUGGGGAUUUGGGCCAGACAUAUAACUCUCUAUCUACACUCGAGCAUUACAUUCAAAGUGGGGCGCAAACUGUUUUAUUUGUUGGGGACCUUUCUUAUGCUGACAGAUAUCACCGUAAUGACAUUGGAAUGCGAUGGGAUACAUGGGGUCGUUUUGUUGAAAGAAUAGCUGCGUAUCAGCCUUGGAUUUGGUCUGCUGGGAAUCAUGAGAUAGAAUAUAUGCCUGACUUGGGAGAAGUUGUGCCUUUUAAAUCAUAUCUCCAGAGAUAUGCGACUCCUUAUGUGGCUUGUCAAAGCAGUGAUCCUCUUUGGUAUGCUGUCCGACGUGCAUCUGCCCAUAUAAUCGUGCUUUCCAGCUAUUCUCCUUACGUGAAAUAUACACCACAAUGGAGGUGGCUUGAACAAGAGCUAGCUAGAGUUGAUAGGGAGAAGACACCUUGGUUAAUUGUUUUGAUGCAUGUACCAAUUUACAACAGCAAUGAAGCACAUUUUAUGGAAGGUGAAAGCAUGCGAUCUGUUUUUGAAGAAUGGUUUGUUCGUUACAGAGUUGAUGUGAUCUUUGCAGGCCAUGUUCAUGCAUAUGAAAGAUCGUAUCGAAUUUCAAACAUACAAUACAAUGUAUCAAGUGGUGAACGUUAUCCUGUUCCAGACAAAGGAGCUCCGGUUUAUAUUACUGUCGGGGAUGGGGGAAAUCAAGAGGGUCUAGCUGGAAGAUUCAGGGAUCCACAGCCUGAAUACUCGGCAUUCAGAGAAGCUAGUUAUGGGCAUGCAACACUGGAGAUUAAGAACAGAACACAUGCUUUGUACCACUGGAAUCGAAAUAAUGAUGGAAAGAAAGUGCCUACUGAUUCCAUGGUAUUACUGAACCAGUACUGGGCUAGCACUAAACGAAGGAGGAAGCUGGAGAAUCCGCAAUCUUUUGGGUUAUCUUCUUUUUGAUUUCUAGGAUGAAGCUUUGGAUAAUGUUCUCAGAUGUUCAAUUUCAGUUAAUCCAACCAUUGUGCAAUAAUUUUAUGGUCAUUGAUAGAUGUCUUCUUUAUCCACUCUUGUCUUUCUUUUCUUUCUUUAUCCCUUCAGUAUCUUCAUAACACCUCCUCGUUUGAUCUCUUUUGUGAGCAAUCUCAAGAACGAAUUUAAACACGUGAAAAACAAAAGUGUAUCGUAAACAUGAGGAUGGCAUGGAGCGGCGAGUCCUUUGUAGUUAACCUAUUGAUGAAGUUCAAUGUCUAUUCCUUGUUUCUAUU